GGGUCAGUUGCGUUUAUUGCUUUCCGGUUUCCCACUGAAAACACUUGGCUCGGGCGCUGCUGCGGAGCAACGAUGUCGGAGCAGGAGUCUCUGAGGUGCUCCAGUGCCAGGAACCGCGGAGGCGUUCAGAGGGUCGAAGGAAAACUGAGAGCCAGCGUGGAAAAGGGGGAUUAUUAUGAAGCGCAUCAGAUGUACAGGACUUUAUUUUUUAGGUACAUGUCCCAGGCGAAGCACGCCGAGGCCCGGGAGCUGAUGCACAACGGGGCUCUGCUCUUCUUCAGCUACAACCAGCAAAACAGUGCAGCAGACCUGUCCAUGCUGGUGCUGGAGGUGUUGGAGAAAUCGGAGACAAAAGUUGAAGACGAAAUAUUAGAAAGCCUGGCUAAGCUGUUCAGCCGGAUGGACCAGAACUCUCCAGAGAGAGUCGCCUUUGUGUCCAGAGCCUUGAAAUGGUCCACAGGAGGACCCGGCAAGUUGGGUCACCCAAAACUACACCAGCUGCUAGCGGUCACCUUGUGGAAAGAGCAAAACUACAGUGAGUCCCGUUACCACUUCCUCCAUUCGACUGAUGGAGAGGGCUGUGCACAGAUGCUGGUGGAGUAUUCAACGUCACGAGGCUUCCGCAGCGAGGUCGACAUGUUUGUGGCGCAGGCCGUCCUACAGUUCCUCUGCUUAAAGAACAAAAAUGGCGCUUCUGUGGUGUUCAGCACGUACACGGAGAAACACCCGUCCAUAGAGAAGGGCCCCCCCUUCGUCCAGCCUCUACUAAACUUUAUCUGGUUUCUGCUGCUGGCAGUGGAUGGGGGUAAACUAACAGUUUUCACAGUAUUGUGUGAGCAAUAUCAACCUUCCCUGAAGAGGGACCCCAUGUAUAAUGAGUAUCUUGACAGAAUAGGACAGGUUUUCUUCGGUGUUCCACCCAAACAGUCGCCAUCAUACGGGGGACUGCUAGGAAACCUGCUGAACAGCCUGAUGGGCUCGGGCGAGGAGGACGACACGGCCGAGGAGGCGCAGGAGGACAGCAGCCCCAUCGAGCUGGACUGAGCCCGAGAACAAACGAACAAACGCACGCACACGCACACACAACGAGGACGACCACGCCGCCUGCCUCCUUCACCUCCACCCACAAGGACUGGGCGAUGGCACCGCUGCGUGUUUUGAGAUGAGUGCUGUUUCCAAAUAAUAAUAAAAGAAAAACCCUCCCUCUUCCUAAAAUCCGGCUGCCAAAAACCUCCGUCUGGGCUGACUGCGUCAAAUGGCAAAUAGUUAUUGUAAGAUUAUUAUAUUUUAUGUGAAUCCCUACUUUUGUUAGUGUGGGACUCCUGCCCGCUGUAAAGGGUGUAAUGAUUUUUAAAACGAGAGAAUAACAAACAUCUCGCUCCCCUCGAACACCUCCAGAGACACCGGCAAGGUCGGAGUCUCCCAGUGGAGAGGAAGGCAUCAGCACCACCACCACCACCCAACCCCCCACAAUGAUGAUGAUGAUGACAUCAUUAUAAGGCAGUUUAGUCGACUCGCUACAAGUAUUUAACUGUUUUGUUUUGCCUCACAGACCUCGAUCAGAGACGUGGCGUUGCUGCGUUUUUUUUCCCAGAAACUUUCUUGUUAAAAGAAAUCCCUUUUUGAGUAGUAAAUUAAGUUGUACUUGCAGUCGCAGCCGUCGCUCGUCUUUCUCCUAUUAGCAAUACGGACAGAAAGUCCGCUGAUCUUAUCAGAGGUCUUCUUCAAUCUCAACCAAACAAACUCUGCUCGGCGUCUCCUCCACAGGUGAAUUACUCCAAACAUACAAUAGACAUUCAGUAGCUCCAUUGUAGAGGUCCCACUUUUUACCGUGCACAAGCUCAACUGCUGCUGUUUGCCUCCCCAAGAGGAAUCGUGUGAACUUGUAUUUAGUUUUGGUUCCUUCAAAGUCUGACUUUCUAGCGUUGGAGUCAGUCACUGCUUGUUGGUCUCCGGAUGCCCGUCUGCAUUUCUCUGUGAAAAUAAAAAGUCAAAGCUGGAGUGAUCUUUGAAAACGCAAAGAGAGCCGCUCUGUUGGACUGGAUUUUACUUGUCAUGUUACAAAAUGCUAAUAUCUAAAGCCGCUGUUGUGAAACAGACCGUUUCUCAUUAAGUCUUUAGUCACAAUCAUGUUUCUUUUUUUUUCGGCACAGCUGCCUCAACAUCAGUCACAUUCUGUGCGCAUUCAGAAGUGUGAUGUAAACAGUCCCUCUGCACCUUCCUCUCCACAGCUUUAUUUUCAACUUCAUCUUUUUAUCCCCAUUGUCAUUUUGAAUCAGUUACAGGAUGGAACCUUUUUUCUUUUCUUUCUGAACUUGACUUAAUUUAAUACAAGGGAAGUCCAGAGGUCUUCCAAGUUAGAGUAAUGUUUAUUCACUAAUGUGUAGGUAUCUGUGGGGCUGUCAAAGUACUAAAAAAACAACAACAAAAAAACAAUUUAUUCAAUAUAUGUAGACUACGGCUUUUAAAUAAACAAAAGCAUAAUUUGGUGUAACUUGAGGUUCAUGGAGGAAUAUUCACGGGUUCCUAUUUUAAUGAGAAAAAAAUGUCACAAAACAUGAAACGAUCCCACAGUAGUAUUGGUUUUCAUAACAGCUUUAGUACAUAACAGGUUAUCUGGGUCCUCUUUGAACGUUUGACUCUUAUUUUAUAUAAUGAUCAGUUUGGGAGUAGUGCUGCAGUACAGGGGGGGUGUUGCAUCCGUCUCAUGCUGAAGACAGAAACGGGGACGCGGCCGUCGAAGCAGCAGCAGGCUUCAAAAGAUGGAGAAACAAAAAUAAAUGAAACAGCAGAAAUAUAUUUAAGGACUGCGCUUUAACAGUAUUGCGUUCCAGUUGUGAGAAGUCCUGUUUCUUUCUGCAGGCCGAUAAAUCCCAGAGGUCCAGCCAGUGAAAAAAUGAAUGUGACCAAAGGCCUGUGCGUCAUAACAGCUGUCUGCUCUUGUUUUUAAUAUUUUUUUUUUCCUUUUUACUGAAGGGGAGUGUUUGCCUUGUCAAUAAUUCACUAAUUAAGUAAAUAAACUACAACUGCGAAGAGUUUGAGAAUAUCUUGAAACAAA